AUGAAGUACUUGUCCGUCCUCCCUCUGUUUUCUCUCGCAUGUGCUGCUGUGCUUCCAAAUCCGUUUCCGCGGGCAGAGGAUAUCAGCCCAGCAGACGUGCAGCUCAGGGGGGUAUCUUAUGGCGGCAGCGGCUGUAGCCAAGGAACAUUAUCAAUAGAACUCGACGACAAUGGCACCAAGUGUCCCAUCAGGACAAGAGAUUUGUACGCCAGUAACGGGCCAGGUUCUUCGCCAAAGGACCAACGCAGGUUUUGCCAGCUAAACUUCGACCUCGUCUACCCUAGCGGUUGGUCAUUUUCGGUCUUUGGAGCCGACUACAAGGGCUCUGUUUCCCUGGCCGGAGAGUCGACUGCCAGCUUCAAGACAACUUAUUAUUUCUCUGGAGAGACGAACCAGGCAACCAGCUCAGUCGGCUUCAAGGGGCCUACGUCUGAGAACUUCGAAAAGCAUGAUGUGGUGGUUUGGGAUACCUGGUCGCCCUGUGGCUCCACCCAGGCAAUGCUCAAUGUGAAGCAGGAGGUGAUUGUGCGCGGCGCCGGUAAACUCGCAAGCACGUCGAUGGAUGGAGAGUUUGGCCAUACUGUUUUCUUCAAGUGGAGAAGGUGUUAG